ACAGCCAGGAGUAAAAAAAUCAUGGCCGACCGCUUAUCACCGCCUUUGAAAGAUGAUUUGGACAUUGUUAUCCCUACCAUUAGAAACUUAGAUUUCUUGGAGAUGUGGCGGCCAUUCUUUCAGCCAUACCACCUCAUCAUUGUUCAAGAUGGAGAUCCAAGCAAGAAGAUCCGGGCCCCUGAAGGUUUUGAUUACGAGUUGUAUAAUAGAAACGAUGUGAAUCGAGUUCUUGGACCCAAAGCCAACUGCAUUUCUUUCAAAGACUCCGCUUGUCGCUGCUUCGGAUUCUUGGUCUCCAAGAAGAAGUAUAUCUUCACCAUUGACGAUGAUUGCUUUGUGGCAAAGGAUCCAAGUGGAAAAGAGAUAAAUGCAUUGGCACAACACAUCGAGAAUUUGCUGGCACCAUCAACACCAUUUUUCUUCAACACACUGUAUGAUCCAUUUAGGGAAGGAGUUGAUUUUGUUAGGGGAUACCCAUUUAGUUUAAGGGAAGGAGUGCCUACUGCUAUCUCUCACGGGCUCUGGCUCAACAUUCCUGAUUAUGAUGCCCCAACUCAACUUGUCAAGCCUCUUGAGCGCAACACCAGGUAUGUGGAUGCCGUCAUGACAAUCCCAAAAGGCACUCUCUUCCCAAUGUGUGGAAUGAACCUGGCUUUUGAUAGGGAACUCAUAGGCCCUGCCAUGUAUUUUGGGCUCAUGGGUGACGGCCAACCCAUUGGCAGAUAUGAUGAUAUGUGGGCUGGCUGGUGCGCCAAGGUGAUCUGUGAUCAUCUGAAACUUGGAGUGAAAACGGGACUACCUUACAUAUGGCACAGUAAGGCAAGCAAUCCAUUUGUGAAUUUGAAGAAAGAAUACAAGGGCAUAUACUGGCAGGAAGAUGUAAUCCCAUUCUUCCAAAACGUUGUCCUUACGAAGGAAUGCACUACCGUACAGAAAUGCUAUAUUGAGCUCUCCAAGCAAGUCAAGGAAAAGCUGGGCUCCCUCGAUCCUUACUUUCAGAAACUUGGAGAUGCCAUGCUUACAUGGAUUGAAGCUUGGGAGGACCUUAACUCAACCACAAAAGCAGCACUUUCUCAGGUCAAUGGAGUUAAGCAGGAUGAGUCCUCGACCAAACAAAAGUAGACAGCCUAUGCGCUAAAGCUGUAUAUGUUAUUUCUAAUGUACUCAACUUCUAGCUACAAGCUAUGGGUUCUCCCUAUGGCUGUCGAAGUUUUAGCUUGUCUAUGUUAUUUCUAUGUUUUCGUUGCUUUCUUUCUGGAGGAUUGUUGUUGUUUCAUUAUCUCUACUUAUAAAGAUAUAAUAGAAAAAACAUGUGUGAUAGGUUUAUCUCAA